GCUUGCUCCAUGCUCACCGGAACUAUCGAAGUGGCAUGGCAUCAUCCAUUAUCAUUCCCUGGAUUUUCUACAUUCAAAUCUUAGCCAUCAGUUCAAAAGCUAUAGCUGCAGUGCCAGCUAUAAUCGUCUUUGGAGAUUCAUCUAUUGAUUCGGGUAAUAACAAUUACCUCCCAACACUUGCCAAGUGCAAUUUCGAGCCUUAUGGCCGUGAUUUUCCCGGUGGCACCCCCACCGGACGUUUCUGCAAUGGCCGGCUUCCUCCAGAUUUCGUAUCCGAGGGCUUUGGGCUCAAACCUAUCAUCCCGGCUUACUUGGACCCUACCUUUAGCAUCUCUGACUUCGCCACUGGUGUUUGCUUUGGUUCUUCUGGAUCUGGCUACGACAACUCUACAGCUGCUAUACUGAAAGUGUUUCCUUUAUGGAAACAAGUGGAAUUCUUCAAGGAUUACCAAACCAAACUACGAGCCUAUCUUGGUGAUGAAAAAGCGAAUGAGGUCAUCUCCGAGGCCUUAUAUAUUAUAAGCGUAGGGACCAAUGAUUUCCUCAUAAACUACUAUAACUUUCCUCAAAGGAGGGCCCAAUUCACCAUUCCAAAAUACGAGGAUUUCCUCAUCGGCAAUGCUGAGGAUUUCAUUAGGAAAAUUUACAGUCUGGGAGCUCGGAAGUUGUCCCUGACCGGACUCCCACCGAUGGGGUGUUUGCCACUGCAAAGAACAUUGAACCUAAAGAUCCCUCAUAGCUGCUCGGAGGAACGCAAUAUAGUUGCUUUGAAGUUCAAUGAAAAGUUAAAAGUUUCGGUGGUAAAGCUGACGAUCGAACUUCCAGGAUUAGAAGUGUUGUACACAGAUGUUUAUGAGUUGCUUUCGCAGUUGAUCACACAACCCUCCCAAUACGGAUUUGAGGUUGCAGAAACAGCAUGUUGUGGAACAGGGCUGUUUGAGACGGGGAUACUGUGCAAUCGCCUUACUCCAUACACCUGUUUAGAUGCAGACAAGUAUGUAUUUUGGGAUGCCUUUCAUCCCUCCGAAAGAGCAAACAAGAUAAUGUCAGAUGAAAUGCUUCCUUCCCUCAAACUAGCGUUUCUAUGAUCUCCUCUAAUUAUUCGGCAAUGGCCAAUUUCUUCCAACUCCAAUACGCGAGGCAUUGUAUGGCAAUAAAUUUGGAGUGAAUUUGUGUAGGUGACUCGUAAAUUUUUAAUUUUUGGUGAAAGCAUAUAAGUAAUUUGACUGUCCAUAAUGGUACUAUGAUUUUCAACAACCAA